AGAACUUCAGUGUAGAGGUCACUGCAAUGAAUCAUCCUUAAAAAUGGCUUCCUUAAGUGUCGAAGUUGCUUGUAAAUUACGAAUUAAUUGAAAAGAGUAGUUACAUGUAACUAAAUAUUUGCUUUGCCCUUUUUUUAAUGUAGAGCACCUCCACACGCAACAGUUCGUCAUUUCCCUCCUGUUUUCACGAAUGUAAUCAUAAUUGGUUACGUUUCGUAGUAAAGCGUGGAAGUCUAACAAGACAGUCGCGGAGCUGUCAAAAGGUUUCUUAUGUAGACAUUUAUUGGGUUAACUUGAUUAGUUAGUAUAAACGUGGAUGAAUGUCUGAGAGCGAUAUUUACGACUCGGCCGACGAAUACACCAGUCUGAUGGACAUUCACGUAGCAGAAUCUCGUUCGGAUGACCUAGGCUUGGUCACAAGUCGAAAAAGGCGUUCACGGAUUAGUAAUGAAGAGAUUGAAAAUGGUGUACCUGAAGUGCAUAUUCAGUCACCAGGUACGUCAAAUAAUGCAGGUCCAGGUAGGAGAGGUCCAACAGGCAGUGGCAGUCAGACUAGGGCUAGGAGUUACAGAGAUGAAGAAGAAGAGGAAUUAAAAUAUGGGGCAGCACACGUCAUUAAAUUAUUUGUGCCUGUAUCACUUUGUAUGUUAGUUGUAGUUGCAACAAUUAGUUCUAUACAUUUCUAUACAACCAAAGGGAUAUACCUUUUAUAUACUCCGUUCCAUGAAGACAGCGCAGAUACAAGUACCAAAGCUUGGCAAGCAGUUGCCAAUGCCUUAAUAUUAAUAAGUGUUAUUGCUUUCAUGACUAUGACGUUUAUAGUCUUAUAUAAAUAUAAAUUUUAUACAGUAAUUCGGGCAUGGCUGAUUAUAAGUUCUUUACUAUUGUUAUCUAUGUUUUCUAUUCUCUACUGCGAACAAAUAUUAAAAGCUUACAACAUUCCAAUAGAUCUAUUCACAUUAGGUAUAAUUUCAUGGAACUUUGGAGUUGUUGGAAUGAUAUGCAUACAUUGGCAGGGUCCCUUACAGUUGCAGCAAGCAUACCUUAUUUUCAUCUCUGCGCUAAUGGCUCUUGUUUUCAUCAAGUAUCUGCCAGAGUGGACGGCGUGGGUGGUCUUAGGUGCUAUUAGUAUUUGGGAUUUAAUAGCAGUAUUACCACCGAAAGGACCUUUAAGGAUAUUAGUAGAAACUGCUCAAGAACGCAAUGAAUCCAUAUUCGCUGCCUUGAUUUAUUCAUCGACUGUGAUGUACACAACGUCAACGACUUACACGGGUUUCGUACAUACGACAACAAUGACCAGCAGCGAUUCCGUUGCUGGCGGUACAGCGAAUCCAGUGAACAAUCAAACGGAAAAUCAAAACGCUCCUGCAACGAGGGAUGCUGAGGAAGGCGGGUUUACUCCUGAGUGGAUAGAAACCCACGGCGACAGAGGUGCGAGGAGAGCACAGGAAGUCCUUGAAAAUUCUUCGUCGAUGACCGAAAGUUCAAGGCAACAAGAUAAUCGAGUAGUACAAGAUGUGCAAGGAUACGUAGCUCCAAUUACAGAAGAAGAACGGGGGUUAAAGCUGGGUCUUGGAGAUUUUAUAUUCUACAGCGUCUUGGUUGGAAAGGCAUCCAGUUAUGGCGACUGGAAUACUACUUUGGCUUGUUUCAUUGCCAUUUUAAUUGGACUCUGUUUAACAAUUCUCCUGUUGGCUGUAUUCAAGAAGGCGUUACCAGCCUUGCCGAUCUCCAUUACUUUUGGUUUAACGUUUUACUUCGCUACCAAGGUAAUCGUCGCGCCAUUUGCGGAUAGCUUAGCCAGUGAGCAAGUAUUCAUUUAACAAUAGGUAUGAUACUCAUAACAUCUUAUUUAGUAUAAUUUAUUACAAAGCGUAGCGUUAUUCACAUUUUCAUCGUGUCUGACUCUCGCAUCUCGUUCAAACUCCUCAUUCGUAUUUUAACUUUAUUCGAAUUUGUAUCUUGCAAAAAACAAAUGCUCAAGACGAAAAGUUUACAUUUGUAAAACGAAUGAGAAAAAUUAAUAAAUAACACUUAUAUUUAUCUGAUACAUAGAAUAACUUUGGAUGUCCUAGAUAACGUUUAGUUUUUAAUGUGAACAUUAAAUGUUUAUCUUGUAACUUUCCAUUCAUUCGUUUAAUCUUUAUUCAUCUUACUUCACGACGACAUUGAGAGACACAACUAUCGAAAAUAAUCAAAAUUCAAUCGAGCUACGACAGUUUAUUGUAUUUCGUCGUUACAUUCAAAGAACAUAGAUCGCAUAGAUCAAGUAUAAAAAAAAGCAGUUGAUGACCGUCCUUUCGGGAACCGUAUGAAACAUGAGGUAUAAUGUUUGUCUAAACAAUUCACUAAAAUGUACAGACCUCGCGGCUACGAGCUACUAGUACCACUAGCCCAUCCAUCAGGAUAAAUUCCUUGGGGUUUGAAGUCCGUUUAUACACAGCCAUGGAAUAAUUAAUCGUUCACCGUAAUCACAAGUUGGAAAUCCCACUCGAAUGACUCACGAUGCGUAUUGCUGUGAAUAUCAUUCGUUUCUUUUUAAUAAUAAUCAAACAACAAGCGAUCGUAAUUGAGAAUAUACACUGGUUCCGUUGAUACACGUUCGAGGAAAUUUUAAUUCAAGGCAAAAAUCGACGACCGCUGGUCGUGCAGAUACGAAACCAUAACACGUUCUUCAAAUCCUAAUACGUUGAUGAUGAUUAGUAAAUUCGAGAAGCGUACACACGUUAUUUUUUCCCAUAGAUUCUGCCAUGCCUUAUUCUUUCAUUGUGAAGCAACCAUUACAAUAUGACGAUUAAACAUUUUGUCGGGAAUUACCGAUAAUACGAAGGUUUUUAUAGCGUCGAUUAACAAGGGUUCUUCGUUUCAUUGCCAAGCGUAUUGCAUCCACGUUAAUAUUUCAACAUCGCUGUUCAAUCGUUAUUUUUUUCUCGUAUUUUUUAUAAACUUCGCCGCAAACACGCAGUGUAUACAUAUACAAUAUAUAUUAUAUAUAAAUCCCCGGAACCGGAAGAACUUUAACAGCGAUAUGAUAUCUUUUGCACUUCGUAAAAUUAUGAUAAUUCAAUAAGUUUACUAUUAAGUACACACUAGGAGGAAGUUCAUUUUUUUUCUCGUUUUUUCUUUUGGUAAUAAUAUAUAUAUAUACAAUAUAUGGAUAUAUAUAUAUUAUCCAGUCGAUUCUUUCAGUCACGACGGUGUGUAAAAGACGCUGUCCGACGGAAAAAUAAACGCGAUCAUUUCUGAGAAUCUAAUUAUUAUCACGAGCUCUGAUCACGCCCGAUUAUAGAAUAUAUUAUGGUCAUCGUGGUUGUGCGCACAACAAAUUAUGCGUUACUUCGUGCGUACUUUGUAUAACAAUACUGGUCUAAGUACUUA